AUGUUGAGUGAUGAAUCAACGGCAAAUUUAAAUUUAGAAUCAAACGAAGUAUCUCUCAGUAAUAAUGAUCCCAUCAAUAGUGAAGAAGCUGUUAAAAGAACGAUAACAGUACCAGAAGCAUUAGGUCUUGAUUUUCAUUCAUUUACUCCCGAGAAAGACAGUUUAUUGCAAGUUCAUUUCAUCAGUAAUGUUGUUCCAUCGUCUGAUGCUGAACAAGCCGGAUUAAAAAAUGGCGAUCGACUAUUACAAAUAAAUGGCAUUGAUAUAACACGUUUAGAACACGAAGAUGUACGUAAAUUAUUGCAAAUACUAAGACCAUUGGCGUUAACUGUAGAAAACAAUCAAAAAUUUUUGAAUUUAUUGAAAAGUAUCACACAGACAGAUAUUGUGGUGGAACAACAAGUUUCCACUGAAAGUCAAUCACCCGUAGAGGAGAACCCACCAACAGGAACGAAAGAUAGACUUGAACGAAGAAUAUCUAAAACGACUUCGGUAAAUGGCAAAAGUACCAAUGAAAGUACAAAUGCAAAAACAUGCGAUAAUCUUCUUCUUCAUACGGACGAUUUAGGUUCGUUGAAAGUUAAACGGUGUUUUCUGCGAAGAAGUCGAAAUUAUGAUGGUUAUGGGUUAUUACUACAAUAUCACCGAAAUUUACAUCUGAUUGGUAAUGUUGAAGAGUCGAGUCCCGCAUACCAUGCUGGUAUAAGAGAAAAUGAUAUUAUUUUGUUUGUAUCAAAGAAGAAUGUUGAAAAAUUAACACAUGAUGAUGUGAAAACUCUUAUUCGUGCAUUGUCAUUAGCAUCACACGAAGUUGAAUUAACCGUAAUAAAUAAGAGUGAUAUGGCCAGAUAUAAAGAUUUACAACAAAAAAAUCUGAUCAAUUGGGGCAAUUUAAAUUAUAUACUCUAA